AAUAAUGUACAGUGUAACACUUGUGAGAACCAUUGUUUUUGUGCCGUGUUUGUCUCCAGUUACAGUGCACAUAAUUUAUCAGUCUGUAUCUGUUAUUCGACGAUACAAUACUUACUUUAGUUUUCGUAGGUAGGUGUAAGUACGCUGGAAAUGCAUUUUUUCCUCAAGAAAUUACAUUUUGGUGUACUGGGAUAACAGCGCACAUUGCCCCAACACGGCCGCCUUAUAAAGUUUGAAGUUUUCUGUACAGCAUGCUUGCUGGUCUGUAUGGUACGUCGGUUCCUGCCGCUCCAGCCUCUCGUUUAUACUGUUUACGUCCUCUCUUAGCAUUUGGGAUACUACAGUUGAUUUGCGGAUGCGGAUUGAUUAUUAUUGAAGACAGCGUCGAAUCUAGCAUCCUUCCAACCUAUCGUGCCGGCUUCCACAGUGUGUGGUUUUCGGGAACAUGGGCUGGUGUAUUUGCCAUGAUAACCGGCGCCUUUGGCGUUGCGAUGGGUGGACGCCUGCGAGUUAGUCAAACUCCCCGUUUUCGCCAGUGUUUCUUCAUAACAGCGCUGGUCGUGAGUGUUUUGUCCCUGCUGGUCAACAUUUGUGCCAUCAUUGUCCGCAGUGUUUACGUAGCAGCAUUUUCCCGCGGCGGUUCGGAUUUUGAUACAUGCACGUACUUCUUGGAUCAGUGGUUGGAAGAAGAUAUAUGCACGGACUACUGGCAGCGGGGAUUUGGUUUGAUGGGGCUGGGAUUGGGAUGCCACGUAUUGGUUUUUAUCGCUGGCCUGGGGCAAGCCAUUGUCGUCGGUGUCAACUCCUGGAAACUUCGAAGCCAAACGGUUUUGUAGAACCCCUUUGCUGUUCACGCUCGCUGUUUUAUAGUACUGUUGCUGAAUGUCUGAAAAGCUGAUUUCGCCCUACUUACUUGUUAAUUAUGACCCGCCGCCUAAUUAAAAUCUCCAACAACAUGUAGUACUCGUACCAGUGGUAGUAUGUACUGAACAAUACUGCAGUGCACUGCUGAAUGUAUAAUACUGUGCACGGCAUUGUGUAUUCGUAUUAUGCGGUCAGCCUAUCUACAGCUGCGAAAUAAUUACUUACUUUUACUGUUUUUGGAAGGUAUGAUGGGUUGCCA